AUGAAUAUUGACGCCCAACAAACGCCUGCGCAAUCGGCGCAACCUCAGAAGUUCCUGCGCUACAGAUCAGUCCGCAAAUCCGCAACCAAAGAUGCGGAACCGCAGAGUAGUCGUCCUCUACCGCAGACUUCGCCAAGCGCUUCGACACGACUGCCUCCGCGAUAUCAUCGAAGACCACCUGCGACACAAAGCGCACCACCGCCAACCGUGCCGCGACUGCCCCCGGACAAUGGUCACGCGACUCUCCCGAGAAUCCGAGGGAAUACUUUUGGUGGAGUUGUCGACGCAGAUGAGCCGAUCAACGACAGAGCAGACGGCGGACGCAGAAUGGUUAUCCAGCAGAGUAGUCCCCGGGCGGGCACGCGGCAGAUGACGAGCAACAUCACCUCGCGCAAGCCGCCAUCAGCCUCGACUGGGGGAGUGUCCGAGCCUGAAGGAUUCCGGAGGUCGUACGAAGCUGCGAGAGAAGAAGCGCGGCUUAUCCUCGAGGGUGAGCACGACCGUUUGAUCGCACUCAGACAAGCGGAGAGCAGACGUCGGCAUCAAGAGCGGGAAAGGCGCAGAAAAGAGCAGGAGAACGCACAAGAAGUGGCGCACAAACAUCAGGCGGAGGAACAAGCGCUACGCAAACCCGAGGAGUCAGUGAACCGGGCAGCCAGGGUGGAGUCUGUUCGCGAACGACAGAACGCCAGCCAACUUGUCCACGGUAUUGAACGCGAAGAAGACGCGGUUGCUUCCACAGGUCCUGCAAUGAAGCCGCAACGUAAUAGCACGAGUUCGAAAAUGUGUGCCAUGGUCAUUGGCGAACCGGCAGCCUCACAACAGGACACCCGCAGACACCGUCGACGCGCAUCGUCUGCUGUCGAGCAGCCACAACAGCGGCCAAACGCGGGUCGCGCCAGAAGGAACAGUGCUGGCCGCGUCGACCAGGUGCCCGGUGUUGAAGCACCACCGAUGAAGCCAAACUAUGAUGCUCCGAUAUCUGCGGUGAAUGCUGGCGAGAGACGGGUCACCCUCAAAUGUAGGGAAGCAUUCAUCACUCUGCCUGUCACUCUUUCUACGACGGCCAAGGACAUUCUCAAGUCCGCAUCGCUAUGUAUGUCCGAGUCGAUUGACCCCAACACAGCCAUCGUACUGGAAUCGUUCUCGCAGCUGGGCCUGGAAAGACCGCUGCGCCGGUAUGAGCGGAUCCGGGACGUGAUGAACUCGUGGGACAAUGACUCGCAGAAUCAUCUUUUCAUCAUGGCCGCAGGUGAGUUUGCGGCCUCGGCUUUGCACACCGCAGACGCUCCCAGACAGCAACCGUACGGGACGACAGUGCAGAUAUACCAUUCACAAAGACCUGGCAAAUGGGAUAAGCGGUGGUUAAAGCUACGAGAGGAUGGACAAAUCACCACAUCGAAGAACGAGAAGGGCAUUGACUCUACCAAUAUCUGCCACGUCUCAGAUUUCGACGUGUACACGCCUACCACCAAGCAGCUCAUAAAGCUGAAACCCCCGAAAAAACUUUGCUAUGCUCUCAAAAGCCAGGAGAAGUGUGCCGUAUUUCUCGAGGGCGCAAAUUUCGUGCACUUUUUCUGCACGAAGGACAAGGAGAUUGCUGACAUAUGGUAUCACGCUGUCCAUGCCUGGCGGAGUUGGUACCUGGUGAACAUGCUGGGCGAGGGGCAACGACAACCUGCCGAACCAAAUGUCGGGCCUCAACUUGGCCGGAGACCCGGUACUGGUGACUCGAAAGAGUCCUUGCCUUAUGUGCUCGGGUCUUUUAAGCCGCUGCUUGACUCUGGUACGAGCUUUGAGAUAGGUCGGAAUCCUGAGCUCGGCUCCGUCCGCCGCCCGUCACAAACUCAGAAUCAGAGACCGCUGAUCGACCUCUUGCCGGCAAGACCCAGCUUUGACGAGAUAGCGACAGGUUCGAAGCUGCCCACAAAAUCGUCAGUCGCUCCACCGACGGCAUUUCCAAAGAAGUUUAUGGUCGAGUCGGCGACGAAUUGCAACGGCGUGGAUGAAGACGGGCCUUUCACAGGGACGGGCCUCCUGGCGCGUAGUGCCAGCCGUCGUGCGCAGGGCGGUUCCCGAGCAGGUCACGCCGCUGCCGGCGCCGAUGGCAAGCCUCUAGUUGAUCUGGCUUCGACGAGCGACUUCACGGAUGGCAGUCUACUGCGCAGGAUGGAGACCAUAGCCGCUCGGCAGGGAGCAUUCGAGCCAAAGAUCGAUCGGCAGAAACGGAGAGAAGUCGAGGUUGCGGUAGGAGAGGGGUUCUAA